CGCAAUCGUCAGUUGUCCAGAAUAUCACUCACGGCACAUAAUCGCUGGCGAACGCAGUUCGCAGGUCGCAGGUCGCUGCGUGUAUUUGGCGGGAGUUAGUUCGUGAAUGUGCCAAAUCGAGUUGCGUCCUAUCUAGUGGUUCUCCCAACUUCCACAUUCGUUUAGGAACAGGAUACACUACUCCCAUAGCAAUUAGCUGUUGCUCUGAAUGGUAUCUUAAUAAAACGAGAUGGCGAAAGGAGCACGAACAUUCCUCUACAGGAACAUGCUCACCAUCCUGACGGUGGCCGGCGUGGUCGGCGGCACCGUGACCGGCAUCGUGAUCCGGGCGACGUCGGGCGGCCACUGGAGCAAGCGGGACGUCAUGUACCUGGCCUUUCCCGGCGAGAUAUUCCUGCGGAUGCUCAAGUGCCUCAUCAUUCCGCUGCUCAUGUCCUCGGUCAUCCAGGCCAUCGGCUCGCUGGACCUCAGCCUGUCGAAGAAGAUCGCCAUCCGCUCGAUCCUCUACUACGCCACGACGACGGUGUUCGCCGUCGUGCUGGGCAUCGUGCUCGUGCUCACCAUACGGCCCGGCGUCGGGGCGACCCCUUGGUCGGGCGACGAGUCCGAGAGGGUCACGCGGCACGUGCUCACGCAGGACACUUUGCUCGAUUUGAUCCGAAAUCUCUUUCCACCAAACAUUGUUCAAGCUUGCGUAUCUCAGUCGCAAACCUUUCUCAUAGAGCCGAAGAACGUUACUGUAAAGAACAUGGGGCACGAGUAUUGGAAGUUCGAGGAGCACUAUGAGCCGACGACGAACGUGCUGGGCCUGGUGGUGUUUUCGAUAACGUUCGGUAUAACGCUGGGCAAGAUGGGCGAAAGGGCGAAGAUAUUGUUGAAUUUUUUUACCGCGCUGAGCGAGGCGAUGAUGAUUAUAACUAGUUGGGUAAUUUGGAUCUCACCGAUCGGAGUGUUUUUCUUAGUAGCAGCAAAGGUAUUAGAAAUAGCGAGUUUCGCUGAUCUCAUUGGUAGACUUGGACUAUAUUUUCUAACCGUUAUGACGGGAUUAUUUUUGCAUGGAUUUGGCAGCCUUUCUAUUAUUUACUUUGUUGCUGUGAGAAAGUUACCCUUUAAAACUAUUAUUCAACUUAGUCAAGUCUUAGUCACUGCAUUUGGUACGGCAUCUAGCUCCGCUACCAUGCCUAUUAGCAUACAAACCAUGGACAGAAUCGGGGUGGACCCGAGGGUGACCAGAUUCGUAAUACCCAUCGGGGCUACCAUUAACAUGGACGGAACCGCCCUGUACGAGGCCGUCGCCGCCAUAUUCAUAGCCCAAUUGAAGAACAUUCCGCUCACAUUCGGCAAAACUGUUGCAGUAUGUGUGACCGCAACAGCAGCGAGCAUAGGAGCUGCGGGCAUUCCGCAAGCCGGCCUUGUUACGAUGGUAAUGGUACUAGACACUGUAGGACUCCCUUCUGAGGAAGUAAUUAACAUUAUUGCGGUGGAUUGGCUUCUAGACCGAUUUAGAACGACAAUAAACGUAAUGUGCGAUUGUUUGGGAGCUCAGCUGGUAAACUACUUAAGUGUCGGGGAACUAGGAGCGCUGCCUGAGGCUGAGAAAAUCAACGCUCAACAGCCGCAGGAACUAGUCGAAAUGUCUAAAGUGGACAGUAAUUUGAGUUAAAAGGAGCGAAAUUGGAAUUUCUUAUCGAUGUAAAUCCAAAUGCAACAUUUGGUGGUAGGAUUAUUGUCCUUUGACUGAUUAGAAAUGAAGGUGAAAACAGUUCGUGCGCGCGUCUAUUCAGGGUUACAGGGUACCAUUUUUAAUUAAUCCAUAAGAAACGUGUUUUUAUUGUAAGAUUACCUGCAUAAGUACACAUAAAUCCGAAUUAGGUAAUUUAAAUCUGCAUGCAUGUCAUUCGAAUCUGUUUUCAAUUGAUUUUUAAUUCGUUAAAUUAAUGAUUAACUGCCUAAUGUUAAAGUGUUUAGUACUUCUAAAUGUUUUCGAUGAGCUUUCUAGGUGUGCAAAAUUAAAUCGAUAAUUGUCCUGUGUACCUAAAUGUUCAAAAUGAUUGUAUUAACAGUAUUUUAUGUAUCGUUUCAAGCAUUCUUGAAAAGUUUUAUAGAUAGUUUGAACAAUACUCAAUUCCUUCUUCCUUUUCUUUGUUAGGCUCGUAGCUUAACGCUAUAUAUUUUAAUUUAUUUUCGAUUAGUAAUAAUUUUAUAAUACUGACUUAUUAAUUUACUAGUUGUCCUAAUAUACGUAAUAUGAAGACUUGUAUCGUGUGCCAUUAUAUUCUAUAAGUAGGGCAGUUUUCAUACUUCCUUAUCCACAGCAUGUUCAGUGUUUUGUAUGUUAUAUGUCAGAAUAUAUCUACAAAUGUAGAAUAAUUUAGAAAGUAAAAUUUAAGAAUUUGACCAUUUGUUAAAUUUCUUUAAUCGAUCCCUAAUGAACUGAAAUAGGAAUUUGAUUGAAAUGAACCAAUUUUACCACUGCCAAUCUACGUACAAUUUGGAACGAUUUUUUUGAAUAUAGCCUUUUUAUAGUCGCGUUGAUUAAAUUAAUAAUAUAGAGAUUGACAUUGGUGGAAUAUCGAAUUAAUCUAUUGUUUAUUUUCCAUUUAAUUAGAAACAAUAUUUUUUAUUCGCUUCGUUUGUCAUUUAUAUUUAAUUUAGUUCCACCUACAUAAACUAUAUGUAAAUAUAUUUUGUUAAGAUAUACCUAAUUCAUCUCUAAUGUUAC